AAAAAUAUAAAAGAUGGUCAGCGUCGGAUUCAUCUUCACACAAUUCUUUCAACUGUCUUCUGAAGAGCAGCUCAGAACAACCCAAAACAACAAAAAUGAAAUUCAUCGUCGCUCUCGCUUUCUUGGCCGUGGCCCUCGCCGCUCCUCAAGGAGAUAAAAAGCCCAUCGAAAUUGUGUCAUCCAACAGCGAAAUGAACGCAGACGGCAGCUACUCAUUCGAUUUCGAGUCUGCCGAUGGGACCAAAGUGUCUGAGAGUGGCAACCAGAAACAAGUUGGACCCAAACCGGAGGAUAUCGGGACCGUGUCCAAGGGCUCCUACUCGUUCACGACUCCCGACGGCGUCGUCCUCACCGUCAAUUGGGUGGCCGAUGAAAACGGAUUCCAGGCCACCGGCGACCACCUCCCCACUCCUCCACCCAUGCCCGAGCACGUCGUCAAGAUGCUCGCAGACCUCAAAGCCGCUGGAGUUCUGUAAAUCAUUGACAAAAGCCAAUUUAAACCUUGGAAAUGUACAUAGAGCCUUAAUGUGUUAGCCUGCUUGAAAGCUGAAAUCUGUUGAUCGACGAAUUCUUUUGAAAAAAGAUUGUUCUUAUUGCUUGAUGCUGACAACUUAUCGCGUGACAAAAAUAAAUUUUCUAUUCAAAACGUAAA